AUGGUUAAGCAACCAAGUAAAGACAAAGAAAGAAACGUGAUGCACUUGAUCAUCCUCGUAUUAGCUCAGCCGAACACUUCAACAUUUCAACCUAGAUUCAAUUCGACUUUUCCGACUGGACCUGUAAACUUGCUAAGGCCAGUUUCUCGUCCUCAGAGAUUUCCGACAAAUUCUCAGGUUUUUGGACAAACACAGAAUAACAGAAAUGUUUUCAAACCUAACCCUAGCCGUACUUUGCCACAAACUACUCCAAUGAGUACUUCUACUAGAAUUUCUUUCAAACCUGAACAUAAUUCGACAGCCCAGCAACAACCAAAACAAUAUUGGAUCGCUGAAGAGCUAUUCAAUAGAGAGACAGAAAGUAAUAACACCUAUGAAGUUCCUGGUAACGAAUCUUUUGUUUGCGAUCAAACUGUAGCUGAACCACAAAAUUCAGAUACAUAUUUCACUGAUCAAUAUUGCGAGUAUUAUACACAAGAUAAUCCUGAAACUGAUCACGUAGAACCACCUCAAAAUUUUCAGAAGCACUCAUUCAUAGACCACAAAACCUAG